GUGGAGUUGACCCAGAAAACACACACUCGUUUGAAGAUAGUGAGCAGCGUUCUUUUGUGUGUCGGUCCGUUGGAGUAUGAAGCUUCACCUUGUGGAAUAUAAAGUAUAAAUCUUCAGAGGCUUUUGAACAGAUAAAGCUCAAUUGUCCUGUCGCGGCGGAGUCACUGAUCAUAGAACACGGGGAAACUCUAUGGCAGAGCACAUGAUGAUGCCCAUGAACCACGGCCAGGGAAAUGGGGGUCUGCAUGGCUACCGGAUGGGCAUGAAUGGAGGCCUGCAGGCAGGCCCUCAGCAGCACGCGCCCCAGCCCGGCCUGAGAGCCAUGCCCAACGGACAGAUGAUGCACUAUGGAGCGGGGCCUCAGGGAAACAUGGAGGCCGCCAUGCGCCAGCGGGCCAACAUGGUGGGGCCUAUGAAUGGACAGAUGGGUCACCACCAAAUGCAGUCGAACAUGAUGUACAACAACCAGGGCCAGCAGCAGCAACAUCAUGUUCAGCAGCAGCACCAACAGCAGCAUCAACAUCAGCAGCAUCAACAGCAGCACCACCACAUGCACCAGGCACAGCAGCAACCGCCUCCACCACAGCAGCAGCAGCAGCAACAACAACAACAACAGUACAUGACCGGGGGUCUCACUUCCCAACAGCUCAUGGCCAGCAUGCACCUUCAGAAACUCAACACGCAGUACCAUGGACACCCGCUGGGACACAUGAACGGCAACCACAUGGGGAACGGGGCACAGUUCCGCAUGGGUCAGGCCCAGCUGAGCAACAUGCAGCAUAUGGCCGGCCCGGCUCUCAGUCUCAACGGCAUGGACGCAGAUUUGAUCGACGAAGAGGUUUUGACAUCGCUGGUUAUGGAGCUAGGAUUGGACAGGGUGCAGGAACUCCCUGAACUUUUCCUGGGACAGAAUGAGUUUGACUUUAUCUCAGACUUUGUGAGCAAACAACAGCCAAGCACCGUUAGCUGCUGAGACCGGACCGUAUGGACAAUUGGAGGCGAGAGAAAGUUGCUCUUUUGAUUAUUUUUAUUUUUUUGUGACUGCCAUCACCAAGACAAGAGGUGAUCAGAUGCCGCUUUGUCCACAGAAACGGGUGGUAAAGCUCCUGUCAGGACUACAGUUCUGUUUCUGGCUGGAAUGCUGGGCAGCGUUCCGUGGAUGAAUGUAACAACGCUUCAGAACUGUGAACUUGGUGCAAUGUAAAGACACUCAAACCUUAUUAGUCUUCAAUGCAGUUUUACAUUUAAAAAUGUAUUUAUUUAUUGCUUAUCAGAUGUAUUAACAUAGAACAAAAGAACAGCCAUGACAUUAAGAGCCUGUGGUUUAUGGAAACUUCCAGAAUGGGAUUUGCUGAAUUGUUGUUUAUGCUCAUUUAGACCCAGAAAUUUGUCCAUCUGACUCAAACUGUAAGUCUAAUGUUUUGUUGGAUGGUAAAGUUUCAGUAAACCCGAACCACAGCUUGUUUACAAUAGUGGUUAAUGCCUGUCUUGAUACAAUGGUCUGUCUAAGCUUUAGAAUUGCCUUAAAUCAAGUUGCUUUUAUUUAUUUGUCUCCCACCCCGAACAGUCCAGGAGGGCUCAAACCUAUGUGUGACUUGUAAUAAAGAUGGCCAUGUUUUAACUCUGGCCUAAUUUUUCAUCAA